UCGUUGUCGUCAUUAGCAAUUAACACCUCUAGCCUAUAACUUAUAACGAAAAUGCUCCCAAACAAUUAUCACGAAAAGAGGGAGAGAGAAUGAAGGAAGGGGAGACUGAAGUGGAGAGGUAGACAUGACGUCGCCACGCUAUAUCUCUCUCUAUAGUUCCCUGUGCCAUUCGGCGGUUCGGCGAUCGUUCAGAGCCAGAGCCAGAGCCAGAGCGUUUUGUCAGUUGUGCACGCACCAUUGAGCAGGUCAGAGCUCUCAUCUGGCUGGUCGGCGGAGAACAUCUAAAUUGGUGGAGUGUACGGGGGAGAUCGGUAGAUCAGAUCAGAGUCAGAGUCAGAGCAACGCACGCACACGAGCUCUCAGACGCCCCGUGGCGAUCUACAAACAGUCAUGAUCUCGCAGCUGAAUCUGAUCACCAUCGUUGGUGCGGUGGCACUGAGUGCUCUAGCAUCGGCAUCACCUACAAGCACCAGCACAGAGGCAACGGCCACACAGCUAUCCAUGGAGCUGUCUCCCCAAUGCAAUUAUACGCUGAUCAAAACCAAAACCCUUGGCGUGGAUCCCUCAUUCUGGAAGAAGUUCUUUACGCAUCUGAUACCCUUCGUGGGAAGUUCACGGAGUAAAAUGCAAUUUAUACUCUUCAAGCGGGACUUUGCCGAUUGCGGAAGAGAAUUGUUAAUCGACAAUAAGGAGAAUCUGAAAAACUCUGGCUUCGAUGCACGUCAUCCCACAAGAAUCGUCAUACACGGCUGGAUGAGUCAGAGCAAGGGUUCCCACAUCAGGAAAGUGAAGAAUGCCUAUUUGAGUCUCACCCAACCAGGACUGAAUGGAGAACCACCAAGGUACGAGGACUUCAACGUGAUCGUCUGCGAUUGGAGUAAGAUCUCAACGAAUGUGAACUACUUUGGAGUGGCCAAUAUGGUAGAGGAUAUGGGCUUCCUGCUGGCCGAUCUAGUGCGCUAUCUGCACUUGAAUGCCGAUCUUCACUACGAUGACGUCUAUGUGAUUGGACACUCGCUCGGGGCACAGAUCGCAGGAAGUGCGGGCAAGCAGAUACAACCGUUCCGGUUCAACACGAUCUACGCGUUGGACCCGGCCGGACCAAAGUUUCGCGAUCAAACGGAUGAGUACCGCAUCGAUGCUAGUGACGCCACCUACGUGGAGUCCAUCCAAACAAGCGUCAGCCUGGGCUUCGAGCAGCCAGUGGGGCAUGCCACCUUCUAUCCGAACUACGGCAAGAACCAAAAGAAGUGCUAUGUCUAUGGCUGUUCCCAUAAGCGGGCCCACGACUACUUUAUGGAGUCGCUGAUCAGUCCCGCUGGAUUCUGGGGUCCUCGUGCCGAACGUCAGACAAAUGGGACGUGGAUCCUCUUCCUCAGCGACGGGGAGUUCCGUAUGGGCGGGGAGCCAUCGGUACCGAAGAAUGGCACUUUCUACGUAAAGACCUAUGCCAAGCCACCCUAUGCCAUGGGCCACCGAUGGCAGACGGAGCCAGAUCCCGAAGAAGAUGAUGAAAACUCAACAGAUGAAUAGCACGACGGAGGAGGCAAUACACUUGUAGGAACUGUGAAUAAAAUAUGGUUAGAAUUUAAACAGAAUGAUUGAGGUUUUGUCUUUGGUUUGACCGUAGUUUUGUUUCUAUUUAGAUUUCAUACGAGUAAACCUCACAAAACCCGAAAAACCCUGAAUGUACAUAUGCUUAUCUUUGCCCUUUGUCUAUGCAAAAACCUCUUAUCUUUAAAGUAAUUUCAAACAUGUGAAACAAUUUCAGUUUAUGACAAAACGUUAUCCAAGGAAUUUGUUUGUUAUAUUUUUGACGUAACCCAGAUCAGAUGGUUAUUUAUGUACACCGUGUACUUCAUAAUGUUUUCGUAGCAUGGAGUAUAUAUAGUGGAUGUCCAUUCCGUAGUUGUUCCAUAAGCAGGUGGAAAAUGUUACGAGCUCCAAGACUUUGCGGGAUUUUGUUGGUUCUACUAGCCAUGGCUGUGGCCAGGCCUGAACGAGAUCAUGUUCGAUUUUCAAGUAAGUGGCCAAUAGUCGGUACGGACGCGGGAAUCGCUGGAUAUAAAAGUAAAGGACAGGCAGAAAAACCCGAGAAGGAUUCUAGAGAAGCAAAAGAACAGGCACGGGACGAAUAUUCCGAAGAUGCAAGUGAAGAAUUAUUUGAAGAAUAUGAAGAAUCAUUUAGAGAAUCAUCGAAUGAAUUUGCUGGAGAAUCUUUUAAAGUGUUGCUUAAGCAACUUCGACAAGAAGGAACACCUAUUCAACAAAAUACAGAAGAACCAAUUGUUCCAACAACGAUGGGAUCAGGUGAAAUAACUACGGGAUCAGGUGUCCAAGCAACUACGGGACCAACUGUUCCACCAGCGAUGGGAUCAGGUGAAAUAACUACGGGAUCAGGUGGCCAAGCAACUACGGGACCAACUGUUCCACCAGCGAUGGGAUCAGGUGAAAUAACUACGGGAUCAGGUGGCCAAGCAACUAUGGGACCAAGUGACCAAGCAACUAUGGGACCAACUGUUUCAACGAUGGGAUCAGGUGACAUAACUACGGGAUCAGGUGGCCAAGCAACUAUGGGACCAACUCUUCCACCAACGAUGGGAUCAGGUGAAAUAACUACGGGGUCAGGUGGCCAAGCAACUAUGGGACCAACUGUUCCACCAACGAUGGGAUCAGGUGAAAUAACUACGGGAUCAGGUGGCCAAGCAACUAUGGGACCAAGUGACCAAGCAACUAUGGGACCAACUGUUCCACCAACUAUGGGACCAGGUGACCAAUCAACUAUGGGACCAACUGUUCCACCAACUAUGGGACCAGGUUACCAAUCAACUAUGGGAUCAAGUGAGCAAUCAACUAUGGCAUCGAAGCCAGAAACAACCAAAGAAACGAGUCUGGGAUCGACUGCGCAGACAAGCCCGCAAACAACUGAGAGUCCUAGCAAGACAACAACCGAGAUGCCAGAUGAAUGGACCGAAGAUUGGCCCGAAGAAGAAGAAGAAUCAAACGAAGAUCUUUUUGAGGAGGUAGCGGAAGAAAUUUGUUCAUGGUUCAUAGAAUGGUUAUGUUGGUACUGAUAAAACUCUACGAGUACCUUAUACUUUACAUCAGAGGAGCCUUCGAUUUUGUUUUAGUACGUAUUUUUACACAUAUGUAUAUCAGACUAUGUUUGAAACUAAGCUCAAAUUGUUUUGAAUUAUAUUGAGGAAACAAUAAAUUGUGCAAUAAUGACUUCAAUUGUGGUUGCUUACGUAUUUGUGUGGCUUUUGCUGAUGAUCCAUAUCAAAGCCAUAGCCAUACCCAACAUGGAUCCGUUUCUAAACCAGCCAGAUACGGACUAUGAAGAUGUGGAAGAAUGGGGCGCAAUUUAAGGUCCGCAAAGAAGGUCCACCUAUAAACACUGACACUACACUGAAUAAUUGAGCGGUGCCAACAACAUUCAAUCGUUAGGCCCCUAACAUGUAACAUUUUCAGGUGCGACCUAUGCCCUCCGCCCACCCAUCAAUACUCAUCAUGGCAAGGCCCUGGUUAUAAUAUUUACACGCGAUUCACACAGAGAAAGCCUUGAAAUAAAAUCGAUCACAGCUAUACCCGAUAUGGACCUAUUUUUAGUGGACAAGUUCGUGGAGGUGCUUCCCCAUAAUCUGUUGAUGCCCCUCAAGACUGGUGUGCUCAUAGAAUGGAAUCAACUUUACUUCCAAAACUUUGAAGAAAUAAUUACAAAUUAAACAAAUAGAAUCAUA